CCAAACUUAAAAUUGUCUCGGACAGUACGUUGAAACUAGGCGCUCUCUAUUUCAAAGUCAUAAAAACUGGGAGGGAUUGAGUUAUCGGCCUGUCGUAAAAGUCUAAUACAGAUAUUAAUCUUCGUGUCGAGAAAAAGGUUGAAAUCAACCGCUCUUGGGUGUACUUAAUUAUGUAAGUGUCAUAAAACUUAAGACGCCUGAUUAAAAUCUUCCUAUUCAGUAAACAGCAAUUAAACGCAUUAUUUUGAUCCGAUAACGAGACUUUGACCAUUUCAACUCGGCUAUUAUUAUCAGCACUUGUCUCUGUCGCCGUCUAGGUUGUUUCCGAUAAGAGAUGUAUAAAAGGUGGAUAGCUACGUGACGCUAUGCUGCAUUAGUUGGUGACCAGUAGGACAAAGAACCUUUAAUACGAAAGAAUUACCAAGGCAGGAGAUUCACGUGCUAAAAAUGAGAAAUCCUUUGUCACCGAAAUGGAUGAUAAAAUCCCUGAUUGCAUUUCUUUUACUUUGUGUUGGAGUUUUCUGCCAAUUAAAUGAAUCGACAUCUUCGUGGGCCAAACUCCAAAUUUCACCCAGCGAACUCUGUUCUAUGGAACACGGAAGUUUCAGAGUCAACAUUUACGAACACGCAAACAAUCAUAAGCCAACAACGACAAAUGCAAACACAAAAAAAUAUUUUUACGCGCCCAUCGCCUUGCUGAACCACAGAAGCGCCACAAAUUUCUACAACAACGUCACAAAACAGCCCGAGGUCCAUUUCCGCGUUGAAAUGUGGAACCCAAAAGUUGAGAGCAAAGUUGUCAAUCAUUUGACAAAAGUUCUCCGUCAGCCAAUCGAUUCCUAUCAGGUUCAAGUCAUCCCAUUCGACAAAGUGAUCCUGGCCAGCACGUCACCGUCCACCAGCUUCACACUGAAAUCAAAUUGGCUCCCGUAUCAACUGGACAAGUCGCUCCAGUUGACACUUUCCUGUUUCCACCAACGGGAUUGCAACCAACUGGCGGCCGCUAUGCGGACCAAACCUCAGCAAUUCAACGACUUCAAACUCCUUUUCAGUUUGUCUUCGCAGACGUCGCAAACCAAAGAGACGGUCAUCCGCAUCGACAACAUCGUCUCCGGACAAAUGAUGGCGCAAAUGUUGCAGAAAUUCAACGAAAGUACCAAAGAAGCUCUGCUAACGGCCACUGAUGAGAAGAAACUUCUGACGGAAUCGAUGACCAACGUCUUGUUAACCACUUUCGACGACUCGGACGUCGUUUCCCAAACUUCAGAGUCGACAAUCUACAACAUGUUGAAGAGUUUUCUCGUCUCUUCCAGGACCAUCAUCAAAGAGCAAAGUGACAAAAUGUGGGACUCGGUUUUCUGGAACGACGACAACUACCGACCGGACAAGACCACCAAGACGAUGAACGACAUUUACAAGAAAUUGGACAAGGAAGACCAGAAAAAGUUGAUUGACACGUUUCAAAACACCAACACAUUUGAAUACGGCGCAGGGGGUAGUGUCGUGGGUAUUGGCUCGUUCGAAUCGAGAUUCAAAACUGAACUUUCCCGCCACGGUUCGACAACAAAGGAAGACAUCAACAAACUUUUCCAGGAAAGUAAAAAUCACGGCGAAUGGGACGGGGAAAAAUUUGUUCCCAAACCGCUGGCCCUCAGCAGAGUCAAUUUGGCAAAACUGCGGGACACGCAAUCCUUCGAGGAUCGCAAAGUGAGCAUCCGCUACUCGACCGCCGUCCUGUCAACUCCCAUUCAUUUCAUACCAGACUCUGAGCUGACAGCCACGGACGAAUGGCAAGAGUUGAAAGACGAAUUGAAAGAAACACAAAAGCGUUUAUCAUACGCUUUGAAACUUUUAACGAAGAGGCGCAUCACUUUCGAAAAAUUAGAAAAGCAGCAAAACGAUACGAACGCAACUGUUUUCAAUUUAAUCAACGAUGUAAAAGAGAGAACGAGCGCCAUUGUGGACAUUGGUAAAAUGCCCUCGUCCUGUGCCGACCUCCGAAAAAUCGGACACAUUAAAAGUGGAUUCUAUUCCAUCAUGGGGAAAAGCAACAUGGAAACUGUUCACUGCAACUUCGCGAAACAACAACGCGAUCCGGAUUUCCAGAAAGUGAUCGGCUACGUCGUCGUUAAAUCAGGACCCGUUUACUUCCACGCUCAAUCGACGACCAGUUUUAAAAGUGUCAACACGGCAAUUCCCUUUGACCUGAUCAGAAUGAAUGUGGGCAAUGCCAUUAGUCCCAGUGGAUUAUUCGUAGCGCCUAAACCGGGAAAAUAUUUCUUUACUUUUUCGGGAUUGAGUGAAUGGGCUGCUCAUGUUCGAGUUGAAUUUCAGAUGAAGACUGGUUUCAAUUGGAAUUGGAUAAAAAUAGGGCACGCCUAUGGUGAACGGGAUUAUCAAACUUUGACGAUCCAGAACAUUUUGCAACUUAGCAGAGGCGACCAAAUUCGAUUGUUAUUACAGGAAGGAUUUUUGCACAGUCAGAGUGGUACUGGUACAAGUUAUGGCCCGACUACAAGUUUUGCUGGCUGGCUAAUGGAAGAGGAUAUAUUUUAAUAACCUUAAUAAAAAUCCAUUUUAAAAACAAAAGCAAAAAAAAAAUUAAAUUUAAAAAACCCAAAAUUAAUUAGUUGUUUCAGUUGACAACUCAAAUCCUCACUGGCGAUUCUUAAUUACUGCAAGUCAUAACAAAUAACCCGAUCCGAUCCCACGAAAUAAAUGGUUAAUUACCCUUUGAGUCAAGGAUGAAAAGACUUUAUGUUGU